CAGGAGGCGGCCCACAAUUCAAAUCCACAGAAUACAUGCGAGGAAGAACACGUCUGAACCAACCACAAGAGACCGCAAAGCAUCAUGGUGAAGGAGAAGACUCACGUCAACCUGGUGAUCAUAGGCCAUGUGGACAGCGGCAAGUCCACCACUACCGGCCACCUCGUCUACAAGUGUGGGGGCAUCGAGCAACGGAAGCUGGAGAAGUUUGAGAAGGCUGCAGCGCAGAUGGGGAAGAGUUCCUUUAAAUAUGCCUGGGUGCUCGACAAACUGAAAGCUGAGCGGGAGCGUGGAAUCACUAUUGAUAUUUCCAUGCUGAAAUUUAACACUCAGAAGUACACCAUGACCAUCAUUGAUGCUCCGGGCCACCGUGACUUCAUUAAGAACAUGAUAACGGGCACCUCACAGGCUGACGUAGCCCUCCUGGUGGUGUCAGCAGCCAAAGGUGAGUUCGAAGCUGGGGUGUCCCGCAGCGGCCAGACGAGGGAGCACGCCCUGCUGGCCUACACGCUGGGCGUCAAGCAAAUCAUCGUGUGCGUCAACAAGAUGGAUGUGACCGAGCCGCCGUACAGCCAGAAGCGCUUUGACGAGGUGGUCCGGGCAGUGAGCGGCUUCCUUAAAAAAAUCGGCUACGACUCAACGGCCGUGCCAUUCAUCCCCAUUUCUGGGUGGACCGGCGAGAACAUGAUCACCGCCACGCAGAGGAUGCCCUGGUUCCAAGGAUGGAAAGUGAGGCGGCGAGAUGGGAAUACAAGUGGGAGAACCCUGCUGGAGGUGCUGGACUCCAUUCAACCGCCUGUACGGACCAUCAAUAAACCCUUACGAUUACCUCUGCAAGAUGUCUACAAGAUAGGAGGGGUCGGGACCGUUCCAGUUGGAAAGAUCGAAAGCGGCAUCCUCAAACCCGGCAUGACGCUGAUGUUCUCUCCGGCUAAAGUAACAGCAGAGGUCAAGUCCAUUGAGAUGCACCACCAGGGGCUUGAGACGGCCCUGCCGGGACACAAUGUCGGCUUCAAUAUUAAGAAUGUGUCAGUCAAGAACCUGCGGCGCGGGGACGUCGCCGGGAACGCCCAGCAGGACCCGCCCUUGGACGUCAGCAGCUUCGAAGCCCAGGUGAUCAUCCUGAACCAUCCGGGCAAGAUCAAAACUGGCUACUCCCCCGUCCUGGACUGCCACACUGCCCAUGUGACCUGUCGCUUCACCGAGCUCAAGGAGAAGCUUGACAGGCGCACGGGCAACAAGCUAGAAGACCACCCCCAGGUGCUCAUGUCUGGGGACGCGGCCACCGUCAAACUGGUCCCCAUCAAGCCCAUGUGUGUGGAGAGCUUCUUCACCUACCCUCCAUUAGGCCGCUUUGCAGCCAGAGACCUGAAGCAAACGGUGGCUGUGGGCAUCAUUAAGUCUGUGGAGAAGAACAAAGGCUCCAAAGUUAAAACACAAGUGUUUAAAUAAGUUAGUUUUGGUAUAGCAUGGCUUUAAAGUCAACUUUUUGUUUUAAAAUGCAAAUGUUUGUUGCAGCACAGUGUUUAUUUUAAUUUAAGUGUUAACUUCUGCAGGAGGUGUAUUUUGGUUUAAAAAUAUCAAAAUAAAAGACUGGAAGAUGAGGUUCUGAAA